GCAAAUAGUGUAUGUAGUACGGACAUAAGGUUCAGUAGGGCGUAAAGUACAUACUACAUAUGUAACCUAGUAAGAACGGUUCGAUAUUCUUACCGGAGUGCCGGAAACACACUUCUUCAACACUACGCAACUUACACAACCCAAUUCAUAUUUCUCUUCAUUCCUAUCCAUCGACUCAGACAAGCUCAACGGAGACACGCCCAUCCAUCUUUACAGAAACUUAUUCAUAGCCUCAUAUAAUAGGACGAACUAGUUCCCUAACAACGACACUUAAUGUUAUAAGCCGAUUCACCCACCUCGAAACAUGUCUGUGCAGAGCCUCCUCGAGGCCUUAAGCUUCCCUUAUCAUGAACCUCGGCACGGUUUCUGGGGUGAGAAAACAUCUACCUUGAACUUUUGUGAGGAGGACUAUGUUAUGAGUUACUACUGUGCCGAAGUCUGCAAUACCCUCACCAAUGCUCUCUUCGUAUGGCUAGGCCUCAAGGGUAUCCGAGGGUGCAUCAAAUAUUCACACCCUCUGAUUUUCAUUGUCACUUUUGCUGGAUACAUGGUGGUUGGCCUAGGGUCUACCUUUUUCCACGCCACUCUUAAGUAUCCUAUGCAACUGGUAGACGAACUCGCCAUGAUUUAUACGACUUGUUUCAUGUGCUUCGCUACGUUUACAUACGGCAAAUCUGUUCGCUUUUCCUCCCUCCUUGGAGCCAGUCUUCUCUGGCUUUCAUGGUUUAUAACUACAAGAUAUUAUAAAACCAAGGACCCUCAGUUCCACCAAGACGCCUAUGCGGUAUUGACCGCCACGGUGGUCUUCUCUAAUAUGUGGAUUAUGGAGCGAACACUCCGGCCGGCCCUGAAGACGAGAGAAGAAAGCAGAAAACGAGAGGCUCGCGCUCCGAGGUUGCCGACAACCAAUGAGAUGAUAAGGCAGAUGUGGGUCUUGGUUGCGACAGGGCUCAGCGUAUUCCUCGGCGGUUAUCUUAUCUGGAAUUUAGACAACAUGUACUGCAAUACGAUCCGUAAAUGGCGGCACCAAAUCCAGCUUCCCUGGGCAGUCGUCCUCGAAGGUCAUUCUUGGUGGCAUCUAAUGACUGGAAUAGGCGCAUACUUCUAUAUCGUCUGGCGCAUUUGGAUCCACCGCUGUUUAGACGGCGACGAGGAUAAAUUUCAACUUGUCUGGCCCUCGUUCUUCCGGAUGCCGGAAGUAGUCGCUCUAGAGGACAUGACAGAUAAGAAAAGGAAAUAACAAAUACGCCAACCGGAACCCUACUAGACGAUUAGACUCUUUCACACGCCCACCCGAGAACUAACUAUACUUACAAAACGCUACUUAGCGAUACAAGGUAACGAUAGACGACAGCGAUAGAUGGUAGUGAUAUUUGAUGUGAUUACAAGCGUACUCGAAUAGAGGCUAGACGACAUAUUCAUUCGGCGUUUACGUUAGUACAUUGAGCGUUGAGUCUCUCAGUGACUUACAAAAUAUAUACGAACGUUCGCUUUAGGGUAGUUAUUUUCUAAAGUCUGCCUAUGUGGAGUUUCACAGCUCCAGGCUAGGCUAGAACCCUAAUAGAAUAAAUGGAAUAAGUUGAAUCAA